GAUAAAUCAUGGGUUCGAGGGUCAGUCAAAGUCCUGAUCUUUGCUGGCCUAAAAGCUGCUCUGACGGUGUUGAAGACAGGUACUCUUGGAAUCCUGAUCUUGCGUGGAGUGUGCUGCAAGUCAAACAGACAGUAAAGCCAGUCCAGCCUAUCUUACCAGAGACACCCAAACCAGAGAAUCACACUCGAUUCGUUUGUCUUUCUGACACUCAUUCCAAAACAAACGGUCUUUCUGUACCUCAAGGAGACGUAUUACUGCAUGCUGGGGACUUCUCAAAUGUUGGUCUUCCUAGGGACAUUGAAAAGUUCAAUGCAUUUCUUGGAUCAUUGCCUCAUCCUGUUAAAGUCGUAAUUGCAGGAAAUCACGACCUGACAUUUGAUUUGGAUUCUUAUGAUGAAACGUUUAAGCGAUUUGGACAUCCUAGGAAGUUUGAUUGUGUGGAGGUAAAGUCUUUGCUGACCAAUUGCAUUUAUUUGGAAGACGAGGAAACAUCGGUGCUGGGUUUCAGGAUAUAUGGCUCUCCGUGGCAGCCAGUUUUUUGUGACUGGGCAUUUAACUUGAAACGAGGCGAACCCCUGCGUGAAAAGUGGAACAAAAUACCGGCCGGUGUGGAUAUCUUGAUGACUCAUGGACCACCCGUUGGACAUGGAGACAAAAGCAAGUAUGGCGACACGAGAACCGGUUGUGUGGAUUUGUUGCAUACUGUUCAAACAAGAGUGAAGCCCAAAUACCAUGUCUUUGGUCAUAUUCAUGAAGGAUAUGGUGUGACAACAGAUGGCUUUACGACUUACAUAAAUGCAUCGACUUGUACUGUUCAAUAUCAGCCAACAAAUGCUCCAAUUAUUUUUGAUCUUCCAAAUUCAUAAGACGCUUGAAUUUUAGAAUAUGUCUCAGCUUCUCAAAGGUACUCUUUCAUUAUUAAUAGCUUGAGCCAUUUAAUGUUGUAUUUUUUAGCAAAUAAUUUGUCUACAAAUUAGAGUUUGAUGGAUACUCGUUUGUCUUUACAUGAACUUGGUAAUUGUACAUUUUUAUUUGCAAUAUUGAU